GAAGCUUUCCUUUAGUAAAAAAGUAAUUAUAAUGUCCCGUUGGUUUCAAAAAGAGAUUCGUUUGAAUGAACGAAGGAGAGGUUGUCAUCUUGUUCAUAGUGAAAUUGUCAAUCAAAUACCUGAAUUAAAGAAUUUUAAAGUUGGCAUGGCAAACUUUUUCUUAAAGCAUACCUCUGCUUCUUUGAUGAUUAACGAGAAUUAUGAUUCUGAUGUACAAAAGGAUAUGGAAAUGGGGUUAAAUAAGAUUGUGCCCGAGUCCUUUCCUUAUAUUCAUACAGCCGAAGGGCCUGAUGAUAUGCCUGGACAUCUAAAAUCUGGUAUUGUUGGUGUAUCUUUAAAUGUUCCUAUCACAAAUGGUAAACUUAACUUGGGAACAUGGCAAGGUAUUUAUCUUUGUGAACAUCGUAAUUCUGGUGGUUCACGUCGUCUUGUAAUUACAUUACAAGGUCAAGAGAAAUAAAUAAAUAUAAAUAUAUAAUAAUUACAAUAAUAAAAAAAAAAUAAAGGCAAUGUACAUG